AUGGACAUGGAUGGCCACGUCAUAUUCUUCUCCAAGUUGUAUCUUAUCAAAUUGGUUUACAGGCGAGCCCCCGAACCAAACUCUGAUUCAGAUUCAGACGAAGACUUAUGCAAUUUAGAAACUCGAAUCCUUCGUCAAACCCACGAGUUCGAUAGAGAUUGGCUCAUCGGUGGCGAUAGGGAGCAGAUACAAGCCAACGUGUUUCAGAUUCUUGAGAUGAUCCAAGUCCCUUCUUACUCUGACAUUGUUUAUACGUUAACUUUCAAAAUCUUUGAUUUAAAGAAGCGCGAGUCCGAGUCUGAUUCGCCGGAGAUUGAGAGGAUACGAGUCGGGAUUGAUGUUAUCGUCCCGAGGUUUCCCGGUGCUAACGAUGACGUUUGA